GCUGCAGUGUAUGACACAUGAAGUUUACCUAAGGCCAGCUUUGGGGCUUAUUGCUCAUGUUCGAAUGGAGGCAGAGCAGUUGGUGAGUAGUUAAGUGGCCUUGAGCAGAGAAGCAAUAAGACAGCUUUCUGUUAUCACACAGAAAUGUCUUAUCAGGAACUCACAGGCAGGGGGAUGAUGGGAGGAGGGAGAACAGUUUAACCCUAUCAGUUAAUUCCAGGAGGAGGAAGAGUUUAACCCUGUCAGUUACAUUCCCUCCUCUGGUUUUCAGGGUCUUCAGUCUUGAAGAUAGAUCUUGAUGUAGGUGGUGGCCCAGGCCUCCAGGACUUUUGAGCCUGCUGACCGCCCUUCCACUGAGCAGAGGACUGCCUGGCAGGUGAAAAACAGCAGUAGCUCCAGAGGUGUGGAAAGAUGCCUUUCAGUGAUGUCCAGCCUCCUUACCUGAACCCGUUCAACCCUCGGUUUGAAGAGGGCGGGUAUGUGGCCUGCAAUACGAAGCAGAAUGGAUCCUGGGGGCUCGAGGAGAGGAAGAUGAAAAUGCCUUUCCAGAAGGGGAAGCCCUUUGAGAUCUGUGUCCUGGUGCAGAGCUCGGAUUUCAAGGUGAAGGUGAACUGGAGCCAUUUCCUGCAGUACUCCCACCGCGUGCCCUUCCAUGGCGUGGACACCAUUUCUGUCGAAGGUCCUCUGCAGCUAGACUCCAUCAAGUUCCAGAGUACCACAAUCCCACUUACGGUGCACCCCAGCCCGACAUAUACGCUGCCUUACUUCACUGCCAUCUCGGGUGGGCUGUGCCCAUACAAGACCAUCAUCGUGUCAGGCACCGUCCUGCCCAAUGCCCAGACUUUCCACAUCAGACUGCUCUCUGGGAGUGACAUCACCUUUCACCUGAACCCCCGCUUCAAUGAGAACGCUGUGGUCCACAACACCAAGCUCAACAAUUCUUCGGGGUCCAAGGAGCACAGCCUGCCAGGGAAAAUGCCCUUCAAAUGUGGCCAGAACUUCUCGGUGCGGAUAGUGUGUAAAAACCACUGCCUCCGGGUGACGGUGGAUGGCAAGCUUUUGUGUGAAUACCGCUACUGCCUGAAGAGCCUGCUGGCCAUCAACAACCUGGAAGUGGCGGGUGACAUCCAACUGGCCCACGUGCAGGCAUAGGAAGACCCCCGGCCCUUGGCUAUCAGGCUGGGGUGCAUUCCUGCCUGGAUCACUCAAAUCCACCACCCCUGCCCCAGGCCCAGCUUAGCCCUUCCCAUUCAGCCUGUGACCUGAGGCUUUUCUGGAUCUCUUGCCUUGUCUGGCCCUGCUUUGGGCAAUAGCCAGCUGGCCUGGAUGGCCUUUGUCAGUCAGCAGCACCUGAGGCUACAGCUGCCCAAAUCCUACCAUCCAAUGAGAGGGGCUCAGCUGGGGGCCCUCUGUGCAAGCUGAGGCCCCACGGUCUGUCCAUCAGCAGGGAGGGAGGGUCCCAAGCCUUCUCAAGCUCCCGGCACAGGCCUGCACCUCCUCCUUUUCCUGUCAGCCACAUCCAGUCCCCACUGGACUCCUUCUCAAGCCCCAAGCCACCAGCUGUGUACUCCUGGUGGGAGGUGAUUUCAGCUCCUCCCUUUCUCUGACCUCUCACCUACACCUUCACCCUGCAUCAAUACUACAUCCCCUCCAGGAAGCCUACAUUUUUGACAUCCCACUAACCUCCACCCAACUGACUUUUCCCAUUGUCACUGAAAUAAAGAAAAAUGCUUGCCAGAACAGAGGCAUGGAGUUGUGUAAGGAAAUCAAAGAAAAAAAAAAUUGAGGUACCUGAUGAGAUCUGAAAUGGCCGUUUUGAGGAUUGGGUGUGAUCUCUUGUUUGCUGGUUCCGUUUUCACACUAGCAGUGGGUGGAUGCUUUCCCCAGCCGUCAAGCUACUGCCAUGCUUUGGCCAAGAAACUUCUUCAGAACAUUAUCUCUGCUUCGGAAAUCCCAGGGGUCCUUUGUAGUGACCAAGCCACCCAUUUUACUGAGCAUAUGAUUAAGAAAAUAAGAAAAAUCUUCCCCAUUUUUCUAAAAACUUCAUUGUCCUUAUCACGCUCAAUCCUCCAGUAUAGUUGAAAAAACUAAUGGUAUAAUAAAAACCCAACUAGCCAAACUUUCCAAAUCUUUUACAAUUGCCUUGGACUAAGGUGCUGAUAGUGAGCGAAGCCAGCAGCUACUCAGCCACUAUCAAGCAAGACCUGCUCCUCCUGUCUAUUAUCAUCAAGACCCUGAGCACUGCCUGUAACUCACUCAGCUUCUGCCUUAAAUCAGCCAAAACCAGUCGAAAUCAGUUUACUAGCCUCAGAAGUGCCCUAAAGUAACCCAAGCCUCAUUAAGACCCAAUUGAAUAUUAAAAUCUUUGCCCAGAGUGGGACUUAUCUGGCAUUUUCACCGCAUGCUAAAGAAAAAAAAAUGCAAUUUGCUUUACUGCAUCUGUGCCCCAUGAUAACCUAUGCAGUCCAUGAUGUUUUAUGUACUUCUUUGUGAGGGACAGUAAAAAGGUUCCGCUUCCCUUUGUUUGGGGAGCUGUAUUUGAGGUAUACACCUCCUUGCUCCUUGCCUGCACGUUUGCAAUAAACACUCUUCCUCCCUCCUCACCUUGGUCUAUCUUUAUUGACGAGAAGCCACACCAGGCAGGAGGUGCUUCAGGUAACAAAUUCUGGCAGCCCAAGAGAAGCCCAGCACUGCUAUUCCUGAGAUCGCCUCCAGCCAAUGGGAUCUGACCACUUCUCCCAAGUGCACAGUAACCUUUCUUCAGGGAGAAUUUAUUUUGGACCUUGAGGCUAGAGCUGACCCCAGACCCUUUGGGAAUGGACUGUGUGAGGAGGAGAGAGGAGAGAGAACGGCCUCAGGUACCCCAGGAAGAGGGAAGAGACUCCCUUGGUGAGUAUGGAAAUAAAUCCUAUUGUUCAGAAAGUAGAUCUGGUAGUGCUUAGCCAGCGAAGCUCAGGUCAAACACAUUCAUUUUGAAUAGGCAUCUGUGUUCCCUGGUUUGUUAUAGAAAUAAGUCAUAUUCGUAGAAAGUAGACAGACUAUAGAUUCUGGUAAUGCUUAGCUGGUGAAGGUCGGGUCACAUACGUUUGUUUUAAAUAGGCCUCUGUAGUUUUAGGUUUUGGUUCCACGGAAUAAUUCAAGCAUUCCAGAAUGUAGUCCUCUAGGGUGUAUUUUAAAGAAUUGGCCUUAUUUUGGAUGUGACCUAAUGAAAAAGUCUAAAAUGAAUGAAAUUUUUGUAACACUACCAGGUCCCAAUAUACACUCAGGGAUGGCAAACGCUGGCUUGAGAAAGCAUCCUUAAAUUAUAACACCACACUGCAGUUAGAUUUGCUCUGUACUAGAGAAUGAAAGUGAGAUGAGAAAACAUAUGUUGAACCUUUUAUAUUGCUGUAGAAAAAUAAGAGUUUGCAGAAACAACGUAAAAUCAUGGUUGAAACUGAGUUAAGACCUCUUUUAUCUAGCCCUUUGAAAGAGGAGCCAGUUUUAACCAGAGGUCAUAGACCUCCCCCUUAUCCUGUAAACCCUCUGUCAGCCCCUGAGGCCUCCAAUGCUGAAAUACUUUCCUGGGCUUAUACUCCCAAUGAUGCCCCCAUUCAGUCCAGGGGCCCCAAGACCCUCAACGGGUCUAUACCCAUUGAGGCAACUCCCUGCAUUACGUGGAGGUAAGGACAGAGUAACAGGAGUACCAUCCAUGGUCUGAGUACAUAGUCCAUUCAUGACUUCUUACUUACUCAAUGGGAAAAACAUUCUACCACCAUACUGAGAGGAUCCUAAACAAAUGCAUAAUCUUUUCAUUUCUAUUUUUAAAACUCACUACCCAAAUUGGGCAGGCUGUCAAACCUUAUGAGACACUUUACUCACUCCAGUGGAGAGGAGAAUGGUUUUUUAGAAAGGUCAAGAAGGAAGCAGACUUCACCACCAAAAUGCCAAUGACUACCCCCCUGUAAAUUUGGCCAUAAUGACUACUGAACCAUGUUGGAACUCAAAUACCCAGCCCAGCUGAGCCAGAUUAAGUCAGUACCAUGACUGCUUGCUCACUGGGCUCAAAAAUGGGGCACUAGAGCAAAAGAAUUUAAACAAAAUGUAUGAAGUCAAACAAAAACUGGAGAAAAACUCCUCCACCUUCCUUGAAUGAAUUUUCACGGUUUACAGACAAUUUACUGAUCUAGAUCCCGAGGUGCCUGAAUAUGAUAUUCAUAGGAUAAAGUGGCCCUGACACAAAAAAGAAAUUAAAGUAGAAGGCAGUAUAGGAAUGGGAAUUUCAAAGUUGGUAGAAUUUCUAAGUUGGUCUAUUCUAACCUAGAACAAGUGCGGGAGAAAAAGAACCACUGUGCCAAGCAACAAGUAGCUAUGCUUGCGGCAGCCUUCCAGCCAAAAGGAGGCUUCCACCCCAGGCUGUUGAGGAAGUUUUUCCCAAGGUCUGGGACACAGCCUCAGGUAGGGAAAAACCAAUGUGUGUGGUGUAAACAGCAAGGACAUUGGAAGAGAAAAUGCCCUAAGAGACAGAGGGCUCCAAAGGAACCCAAAAACUUUGUGAUACAAAAAGGUGAAGAGCUUGACUGAGGGUGAGCAGAGGCCAAUCUUAUUCUAGUUUUCCCCAAGGAGACCCUGGUUAAAAUAAAGGUUGGGGGAGAAAUGAUUGACUUUUUACUGGACACAGGAGCCACCCAUUCUGUUAUUAACAUUCUGAAGGGAACCUUAUCAACGAAAUCCCUACUGGUGGUGGGAGUUACGGGAAGAAAAGUUACUAGGAAUUUUAUCCAGCCCAAGGAGUGUUAGGUUGGAGACUCUACUUUGACUCAUUCUUUUCUCUACCUGUCAGAGUGCCCAGUUCCCUUACUAGGGCAUUUCCAAGAUGGUGAACCAAAUUUAACAUUACCAAAAGAGCAAGAGUGGAGAACGCAGGUCUGCUUGUUGACCCUCAUGACAUCCACUGCAGCCCCUACUAAUACUGUGCCUAAACACAUAGAGGACACAAUAGUCCCUUGGGUAGGGGCACAAGGGCAACCAGAGCAAGCUAAAAAUGUUGUUCCAGUCAAAGGUGAAGUGUUAGCAGGAAUCAACCCACUACAGGUGAAGCAAUUCCGUCAAAGGCCAGAGGUGAAGCAAUUCCGUCAAAGGCCAGAGGUGAAGCUAGUACUCCACCCACUUAUCCACCAAUAUCUAAAAUCUGGACUCAUAAGACCAUGCCAAUCUACUUAUAAUACACCAAUUUUGCCUGUAAAGAAACCUCAUUCCAAUGAGUAUAGGUUUGUUCAAGACCUCAGAGCAAUUAACCAAAUAUUAGUUACAGUCCAUCCUGUAGAGCCAAAUCCGUAUACAUUGCUGACCACUCUUCCAGGAGAUUUUGGCUGGUUUACUGUUCUAGACUUAAAAGAUGCCUUUUUUUGUAUACCAUUAGAGUCUGAAAGCCAAGAACUGUUUGCUUCUGAAUGGGAGAACCUGAAAGGGGUGAUAAACAACAGUCCUGCUAGACCAUACCUCAUGGGGGUUCAAAAAUAGUCCCACAUUGUUUGGCAUCGCUCUGGCUAACAACUUAAGACAGUUAACUCUCCAAAAUGGAAUUCUGCUUCAAAAUGUGAACAACUUGCUCAUAGCAAGCAAGACUAAAGAAGAAUCAGAUUUAAACAUUAUCACCACUCUUAACUUUCUGGGCCAUGCUGGGUACGAAGUAUCCAGACUUAAGUCCCAGAUUUCCCAAGUUGAGGUUACAUUCCUAGGAUUCUGGAUCUCUCAAGGAAAAAUAGACUGCUCUCAGAGAUAAAAGAGACUAUCUGUAUAAUCUUGCUUUCCAGGUCACAGAGACAAUGCUGAAGAUUCCUGGAAAUGGCAGGUUUUUGAAGAAUCUGGAUUCCCAACUUCAGACUAAAUGCCAAACCUUUAUAUAAAGCAACUGAAGGGAAAGAUUCAGAUACUUUUAUUUGGACUGAUGAACAAUAACAAGACUUCCAGACAAAGAAAAACUCAUAUUGGCUCCAGCCCUGGGGCUCCCCAGUCUAGUGAAAUCCUUUGAACUAUUUGUGCAGGAGAGGCAAGGAAUAGCUGCAGGUGUUCUAAUCCCAAAAUUGGAGAACUGACAACUACAUGAGGCCUGGAGACCACAGUCAAAUGGAAAAGUUGAAAGAAUGAACCAGACACUUAAAAGACACAUAGCAAAAAGUAUGUCAAGAAGCAAAAUUAACAGCCUCUCCCUAUAGCCUUGCUUAGGGUUAGGGCAGCUUCCAGAAGCAGUCUUAAAUUAAGUCCUUUUGAGCUAGUCCAUGGAAAGCCCCUCCUGAAAAAUUAUGGGGUGAUGAACAGUGACCAAUUGAGUGUAAAAGAUGACAAUGUCGUACAAGAUUAUUUGGGUUCUUUGUCUUCUGUCCUAUA